CUGGAUGUCGAAAAAGGGUUGGAGAUGAGAAAAUGGGUCUUAUCAGGGAUCCUGGCCAGUGAGGAGGCAUAUCUCAGCCACUUGGAGGCGCUCUUACUGCCCAUGAAGCCCCUGAAAGCUGCUGCCACCACCUCUCAGCCCAUGUUAACCCUCCAGCAGAUAGAAACCAUUUUCUUCAAAGUGCCUGAGCUCCAUGAGAUCCACAAAGACUUUUAUGAUGGCCUGUUACCCAGAGUGCAACAGUGGAGCCACAGUCAAUGUGUGGGCGACCUCUUCCAGAAACUGAGUAAUGAUGCUCAUAUUCUGGAUCUCUCACAAGUUUCCCCAGUAGCAGUAUAAUGGCUGUGUUGAAGAAAAUGCUUAACCCCUUUGUCUCAUGACAAGCCCCAUCACAAGUCUUUCUCUUAU